UCAGGGAUUGGAGUUUUGCUGUACUCGCCACAAGUCCCCCGGCCAAAAGCCCUCCGGCCACCGGUGUCAGACAUUCCUGAUUCAGCGCCAGAUGUUCCAUCCGCUGCCUCUCCAUCCCCUCUCGGCUACUCGAAAAUGGCCCCAAAAGGGUUCGAGAGGUUCUUGUCGUCACUGAAUGAUGAUUACUUCAACACCGACACUUUUUCUGACGUUGUCAUUGUAUGCGAAGAUCAAGAAUUCAAGGUGCACAAAUUAGUGCUGGCAUGCCACUCUAAGUAUUUUGAGAAGCAGCUCAAUGGCAAUUGGAAGGAAAGUCUCGAGAAGAAAAUAGAAAUCCAGGACUUUGACUCAGGUAUUGUGGAAUCAAUGCUACGGUAUAUGUAUUCUUUCAAUUACAACAACAUCCGUGGUGUUUCGUCAAUGGUCUAUGAUGCCCAGGUCUACCAGAUUGCAGACAAGUACGACAUACCGACGCUAAAAGAAUAUUCCAAGGACAGAUUCAACACAGCUAUUACCACUGGUUGGAACAUGGAUGAGUUUCCACUUGCUAUCAAUGUUGUAUAUGAAUCUACUCCUUCCGAGGACAGAGGACUUCGGGACUUGGUAGUCGAAACCUCCCUCUUACACCUAGAUUCACUUUUAGAGCAGGACGGUUUUGGCAACAUUCUCAGAACAAGUGCCGACUUCUCUGCUGAUCUCAUACCAUUUCUUGCACCGAAAACCAGCAUCAAGGAAUGCAACUCAUGUUCCCAAAAAAUUCGUCGAGGCGGGCAGCUGGGAGUACGACAAUUGUAUAAUUUUAAC